AUGCCACGUCCGUCUCGAGAUACGUACGGCGAUCAGAAGCCACCGUACUCGUACAUCUCGCUAACGGCGAUGGCCAUCUGGUCCUCGCCUGACAAAAUGUUACCCUUGAGUGAUAUCUACAAGUUCAUCACCGAUCGGUUUCCGUACUAUCGCAAGAACACGCAACGGUGGCAGAACUCGCUCCGGCACAACCUCAGCUUCAACGAUUGCUUCAUCAAGGUGCCCCGGCGUCCCGAUCGUCCGGGCAAGGGCGCAUACUGGGCGCUGCAUCCCCAGGCGUUCGAUAUGUUCGAAAAUGGGAGUUUGUUGAGGCGCCGUAAACGCUUCAAGUUGCACAAAACCGACAAGGAUAUACUGAACGAGGAGCUGGCAGCACUGGCCAACAUAAAUCGCAUAUUUCUGGCACAGAACUCGGCGGACGCGUACUGUCCCGGUGCGACCACGAUGCUACCGGACCCGGUUGUACUGCAUCCCUCCAGUUUGAUGCAUUCUCCACCGCUCGAACCUCAUUCCCCACUGCCGGCAGUAGCCCCCCUGUCACCUGUUUCUACCGGCGAGACUACGCUACUGUCCGGUACAACGCGAACUCCAUUGCGGCCGAAGCGAUCGUUUACGAUCGAAAGCUUGAUCACGCCGGAAGAGGAGCUGGUGGAACGCCGCAAGGGAGCGCGGAUAGAGCGGGAAUGCAGCCGAUCGCCGGGUUCCAGUCCGGCCCGGUCCAUCAACAGUGUGCGGGACCACGCCAAACGCUCCAAAAAAAGCUCCGACGACAGGUUGAAUCUGUUGGAAUCGCCCGACCGCUUGCCAUCCCUGCUCUCGAUUGCUGGCCAUCCGGUGCAUCAUCAUGCCGCCGCCCUCCAUCAUCACCCCGCACUGCAUCACCAGCAUGGGCCCACGCUACCGCCCGCCACCAGUCUCCCCGGGGCCAACAUUCCGCCCUUUCUGCAGUACGCACAUCCGGCACUGGCCGGGUACGAUCUGCCCAUCCAUCCGCUGCUGAUGAUGGGACCGUUGGGUGCGAUACCGCCCCAUUACUUCCACCACAGCUCGUACCACAGCUUGGCCGCGGCCCACCACCAGCACCAUGCGCACCAUCAGAACCACCACCACCAUCAUCCUCAUCAGCACCUUGGGAGUAAUGGGUCCGCGAUAGGGUCCGGUUCCGGCAGCCGAUCGCCGAGCGGUUCCAUCACAGAACCGGACAGUCCCCGAUCGGGUGGAGCUCCGACCGAUCUCAGCCGACCGCUCGGGCCUGCACUGAGGAGUGUUUGA